AUGGCCGAGCUCACACGUACGCUCCCAGCAUCCUGGUACUGCAGCCUGCCGCUAUAUCAGCUUGAAAGGCGGGCGGUCUUUAUGAAGUCCUGGUAUCUUCUUGGUCCUUUGACAAGAUUCCAGACCGUUGGGGAAGUGGUCGAGUAUGAAAUAGCACAGCAGCCGAUUCAUGCAGUCCGGAGCACUGGCGAUGCACAUAUUCCAGUUCCUGAAGAGAUUCAGGUUGUUUGCGCGGACAGUAAGGCGCCUCUUCGCCAUCAUGUUACGCCCACUGGGCUUGUCUUCACCACACUGUCAGAAGACACACCGAGCUUCCACGAAUUCUUCCCAGAACUGGAGCCGCUACUCCAGCGAGUCGACUUCACCAAGCUGCCCUACAAACGAAGCAUCAAGUACGAAGGACGAUUCAACUGGAAGACAAUGGUCGAUGGCUACCAGGAAUGCCUCCACUGCCAAUACACCCAUCCCUCGUUCUCGAUUUACUACCCACCAACCUGGUACAAAGUGCACAACCACAAGAACUUCUCCCAGCACAUUGCAGACCCCAAGAAGCCCGACGACGGACUGUUCUUGUACUUCUUCCCAAUCUGCACCCUGAAUGUCUACGGGGGAGGCAUGUCCUCGUUCCGGGUGUGCCCAACAGACGACCCCAGCAUCACCAGGAUGGAAUUUGAUUAUUACCACAUGGAGACGGGCGAGAAGUUCGAAGAGUACUUCCGCUUUGUCCGCCAGGUCGCCAUGGAGGACUACGAGUUGUGCGAGAAGGCACAGGAGAAUCUCGAAAAGGGCGUCUACCGCGAGGGGAUCCUGAACCCGGAAAAGGAGAGUGGCGUUUCUUUCUACCAAGACCGCGUCUUCGAACUCGUGUGCCAGCAGCACGCAGCAGAGCGAGAGAAGGAAGCAAGUGCCCAAUCCAAGUUGGAGGAUCCAGAGCCGGUGCAACCAGCAGGUGUUCAGGCAGUUGCGUGA